AUGAGGCCUAUCUUUUGUGGCAACUUUGAGUAUGAUGCAAGACAGACUGAGCUGGAACGACUCUUCAAACGAUAUGGGAGAGUAGAACGGGUGGAUAUGAAGUCUGGAUUUGCUUUUAUCUACAUGGAAGAUGAGAGAGAUGCUGAGGAUGCAAUUCGAGGACUUGAUCGCAUAGAAUUUGGUCGCAAGGGCCGCAGACUUCGGGUUGAAUGGACAAAGCAAGAACGUGGGAUUAGAAGGCCUGGUGGCACAUCAAGAAAAUCAUCUAAUACAAGGCCUUCGAAGACAUUAUUUGUUAUUAACUUUGAUCCACAUCUUACGAGGACUAAGGAUUUGGAGAGGCACUUUGAGCCAUAUGGGAGGAUAGUGAGUGUAAGGAUAAGAAGAAAUUUUGCAUUUGUUCAGUAUGAAGCACAGGAGGAUGCAACCAAAGCAUUGGAAACCACAAACAUGAGCAAGCUGCUGGACCGAGUUAUUUCAGUGGAAUAUGCAGUUCGAGAUGAUGAUGAGAGGAGGGAUGGAUACAGUCCUGAUAGAAGUCGUGAUAGGUCACCAGAUAGGCGGGGCCAUGAUAGGAGGCGCUCUCCAAGUCCCUAUCGAAGAGAAAGGGGAAGCCCUGAUUAUGGCCGUGGCCCCAGUCCUUAUCGUAAAGAGAGGGGUAGCCCAGAUUAUGGCCGUCGCCGCAGCCCUAGCCCCUAUAAGAGAGCUAAGGCUAGCCCUGACUAUGGCCGGGGCCCAAGUCGUAGUCCUUAUAGGAGAGAGAGGGCUGGCAGUGACCAUGGUCGUGUCCCCAGCCGAAGUCCUUACCGCAGGGACAAGGCUAGUCCUGUCAAUGGUCAUGGCCCCAGUGAUAGUCCUUAUCAAAGGGAAGAAAGGCUUAGCCCUGAAAUUGGUCGUGGCCUGAGUCCCUGUAGUCCAUAUGGAAGAGAAAGGUCUAACCCAGAUAAUGGUCGUGGUUCUAGCCGUAGUCCCUAUGAAAGAGAUGGGGCUAGCCCUGAAAAUGGUAAACGGAGAAGCCCAAGCUCCAUUCCUGAUGAAAGGGACAGUCCAAAUGGAGGGGCUGAAAGCCCCAUGCAGGAGAGAUACCGCAGUCAAUCACCCCCAGCAGAUGAAUGA